ACCACGUAACAGCUCGAUGGGACGGUAUACCUCUCACAUCGCAGUCAGCGUUGUUAGACGCCGAGGAUGGUGCAACAAUUAUCACGGAUACGAUGAAGGAGGAGCAGGAAGUCCAAGAGUCCAAAAGCUGCCCACAACGUGCAGGAAAGGUAUAUCAGCAUUUUUUGACGAAUGCUUGUUAAUGUAUUAUACUGGAUGUGUUUGUUUAUGUGUGUUUGUGUAUGUGCUUCUACGUGUGAUUGUAAACGUGUGUGUGUUUGCUUGUUUGAAUGUGCCUGCGCUGUACGUGUGUGGGUUUUUGUGUGUGUGUGUGUGUGCGUGUGUAGAAGUUUAAAC